AUGGCAGUUUGUAGGAAUUUCCUUUGGAGUGGUCAAAUACAUACAUCUAAAGUACCACUUGUAGCAUGGGAGAUAGUUUGCCAGAGUAAAAAGGAGGGAGACUUGGGAAUUACAGAAUGUAUGAGAUGGAACGAGGUUGAUAUAGCUAAAUAUUUGUGGAAUAUAACAAGCAAAGCUGAUAAUCUUUGGGUCAAAUGGGUGCACGAAAUAUAUAUAAAAGGGGAAGAUUGGUGGCAAUACAAACCGAGUGUGGAUAGUUGCUGGUACUGGAGGAAAAUUUGUAGCAUCAAAGAUAAAUUUGCAGCAGGCUAUGCAGGAAACAAAUGGAUACAAACAAAUAGGGAAUAUACAAUUCAAAGUGGCUAUCGAUGGCUGUCAGGAAAUGGAAACCAAUGGCCAUGGUGGAGAGAUACAUGGAAUACAAUGAACGUGCCAAAACAUAGUAUUAUAUGCUGGUUGACUAUGCAUAGGAGGCUACUAACAAGAGAUAGACUUGCAAAGAUGGGAAUAUGUGGGCAAACAGAAUGCUUAUUUGAAUGUGAGUAUUCAAUGAAAUUCUUAAUGCUGGUACUCGAAUGGAUGGGACUGAACAUACAAAGAACUAACCUGGAGGGAUUAUGGAGGAGACUAGCGAGGAAAGCGACAGGGAAGAUCAGCAGAGCACUUAUCCGAGCAAUAAUAGCAGCCCUAAUAUAUCAUAUUUGGCAAGCACGAAAUGGAGCAUUGUGGAACAAAGCAGUAGUCAGACCGACGGAAAUUAUGAAGAAGAUCAAGGAGGAGAGUAAAGGCAGAUUUAUGAGCAAAAUACAUAGAGGAUUGGAGUCAGUGGCCCGUGAUUGGAUUCUCCAAAAACGUACUCUUGAGUAA